AUGAAUGAGUCGACAGCACUGUUAAUUAAUAAUGGCCAAAACUACAACGCCACCGAAGAAAGCAGUAAUCACUUUCAUUGUCAUGACGAGCCCAGCAGAGAUGACAACGGAAGAUCAGUGCAAGCUGCUCGGGUUUUAUGGAUUUCACUUGGUACAUGCUUAUUCUUUAUGAUAUGCGAAGUUGUUGGUGGUUUCUGGGCAAAAUCGUUGGCGAUUGUAACCGAUGCAGCGCAUUUGCUUACUGAUUUUGCUUCGAUGCUGAUUUCAUUGUUCUCCAUCUACAUUGCGUCUAAGCCACCGUCACAACGAAUGAGCUUCGGUUUUUACAGGGCAGAAGUCCUGGGAGCUUUCUUUUCUGUGUUUCUAAUCUGGAUAGUGACGGCCGUCCUUGUCGUGUUGGCCAUCCUACGAAUGGUUAAUCAGGAUUAUGAGAUUAACUCUACUGUCAUGGCUGUCACGGCUACCAUAGGGGUUGCUGUGAACCUGAUCAUGGGCGUUAUGCUCUACUUUGGUGGUCAUUCACAUUCUCACGGUGGAGGGAGUGAUACUCUUUAUCACACACAUCACACUGAAAGGAAUGGUGAAGAAAAUGGUACGAGAUCGAGAAUUCGUCAUUUAAUGAAGGAUCGAAACUCCUUAGGAACGCAGUUGAUUGUAACGCUUUUAGGCAAUCAUUCUUCCGAUGAGCGGAACAUCAACGUCAGGGCCGCAUUCAUUCAUGUCAUUGGCGAUUUGAUUCAGAGCAUCGGUGUACUCAUUGCUGCCCUGAUUAUUUUUUUCAAUAAAGACUGGGCCAUUGUUGAUCCAAUCUGCACCCUUAUAUUCUCUGUUAUUGUGCUUUGUACAACAAUGUAUGUUCUAAGAGAUGCAACAGUUGUUCUCCUUGAAGGAAGACCUAGUACUAUCGACUUUUCGAAUGUAUUCACUUCUUUGGAGCAGAUUAAAGGUGUAAGAAAAGUGCACGAUUUGAGAAUUUGGGCGCUAACAAUGGAUAAGCUAGCCAUUUCGGUUCAUCUGGAAGUAGCACAACCAGAGAUUGCUCAAUCCGUUUUGCGUGAAACUCGUGCCAUGCUGAAGCAGGUGUACGGUGUCCACGAAAGCACGGUGCAAAUAGAAGUUUAUGUUGCUGAAAAGGAUUGUGAUCGUUGUGAUAUCCCCAAAUGA